UACUAACCACACUUCGUCCGGAUGAUGACGCUUUUUCAGAGCGCCGACACACAUUUCGCAAACUAAGGAAUGGCAGCGCCAGAGCAGAAGACGCAGGAGGAUUGCUCUUUGCUUCCACUGGUCCAUGAUAUCAUAAAAUGCAUGGACAAGGACAGCCAGGAUGUUCACCAGGAGCUGAACAAACUGAAGACCAAGAUCCAGGAGGCGAGAGAGCAAAUCAGUACAAUGCCGGGCAUCAGCAUGAGCCCCGAGCAACAGCAGCAGCAGCUGCAGAAUGUGAGAGAGCAGGUCCGCACUAAAAACAAGCUGCUUCAGAAAUACAGGAGCCUCUGCAUGUUCGAUAUCCCUAAAGCAUAGGCUGGGAUCUGUAAUAAGAACUGAGCGUGAGAGAGCUGGCUUUCUUAUAACAAACAGGACAUGUGUUUUGAAAAAAAGAAAGCUGAAGCCAUAAUUCUUUUCAAAACUGCAGACCUAAAACUUUAAAUACAUGCAUUGUCAGCAGAGUCUAGAAAUCUUUAUAGCACUGCAUUAAUUAUCCAGACUGCUGCGACAGUCUGGUAAAGAUCAGUGGACAUGGCAGACCUGAGCAGUGAACUGAUUUCAGCACUGGAGAUACAGAAUUGUGCCAUUUAAAAGUUUGUACAUUUCCAGCCAGUUUGGCUGAUUAAUCUGUUACUGUAUUAAAGGUUAAACAGUGACCCAGUGCUCAUUGUCAUGUGUUCCUAUACAGCUUCAUAAACUCAUUUAUUUUAA